CACUUAUUAAAACAGUGUCCAAUUUAUAUUUUCUGCUAUCGUGACAACAUAAAAUAACUUGAAUAUGGAUAGUAAUGACUCAAAAAAUAAAGGAAGCAUCGGAAAUACUGCCAUACCAAAUGAAGAAGACCCAAAACAACUAAUUAUCGACUUGUGUAAACUUUUCUACUCUAUCGGCUGGUGCACUGGAACUGGUGGAGGAAUAAGUAUUCGUAAAGGAAAUGAAAUUUUCAUUGCUCCAUCUGGAGUUCAAAAAGAGAAAAUUGAACUAGAAGAUAUAUUUGUUCAAGAUAUAGAAGGAAAAGAUAUAUAUCUUCCUCCAUCUGAGAAAAAAUUAAAGAAAAGUCAAUGUACACCACUCUUUAUGAAUGCGUACCGCUUAAGAAACGCUGGAGCUAUUAUUCAUGCUCACUCUGCAGCUGCUGUUAAAGUAACCUUGAUAACACCAGGCUAUGAAUUUAAAAUAUCCCAUAUUGAAAUGAUUAAGGGAUUGAAAAGAGACUCUACUGGAAAAAAAUAUAAUUAUCAUGAUACUAUUACUGUACCUAUUAUUGAGAAUACACCGUUUGAAUGCGAACUAGAAGAGGUAAUGGCACGAGCAAUGAAAGCUUAUCCAGAUACGUGCUGUGUGCUUGUCAGAAGACACGGAUUUUAUAUUUGGGGAUCUACCUGGCAAGAAGCAAAAACUAUGUCAGAAUGCUACGAAUUCUUAUUCGAACAAGCAGUUUUUAUGAAGCAGAUGAAUAUUGAUCUGACUGCCUCACCAGUAAUUCCACAGGCUAAUAUUCGUUUCGAUCUUUCAGCUAAACAGGAUAUGAAUGACAAACUAUUCGACAAAAUAAAACUAACUGAUUGUGAGAAUUCUUGCAAAUUAAGCCAUGUGGAGUAUGAGAUGACAUCUAAGCCACGAGGGCAGUUUAUCAUUAUAAAUAAUGUGAACUUUAAAGAAGUAACUAAACAAGAAACUCGAGUCGGAUCAGACAGUGAUAGUUUAAAAUUACAGAAUCUUUUCGAAAGUCUAGGUUUCGAAGUUAAAGAAUUUAGAGAUGAGACGGUAUCAGGCAUGCGAAGCAUUUUACAGGAUGCUGCUAAACGAAAGUCUUUUAAUUUGAAAUCAGAUUGUUUCGGUUGUGCUAUCCUUACUCAUGGCACUUUAGGAGCAGUCUAUGGAACUGAUAAUAUUAUCAGAAUAAAUGAGUUAGCCGCUUUAGUUGAUGGUCAAAAUUGCCCUGAACUAAUAGGAAAGCCUAAAAUUUUCAUAAUUCAGACAUGCAGAGGACUACUAUACGAUGAUGGUGCUAGAAUUGAAUGUACAGAUGCUGUAUCGGAGGGAUGUGGAACAUUUAUUAGCAGAGCUUCCGAAAUCGCUGAAACCUAUAGAGAACUUGUGUUUUCGGACUUCAUUUUUGCAUAUUCUUGCUUUAGUGAUUACGUAUCGUGGAGAAAUGAAACAGGAUCUGUUUUUAUACAGGCUAUUACAACAAUUUUUGAGGAAUAUUCCGACUCAAUGGAUUUAAUGAAAAUGUUAGCAUUAGUCUGCGAAAAAGUUGCUACAUAUGAAUCAAACACAAAGGAUCCCAACUUAAAUGGAAAGAAACAAAUUCCAUCUAUAUUGAGUUAUAUGACAAAGAUAUUAAAAUUUAAACCAGGGAAUUAUUAA